CCCUUUGGAGUGAGCACCAGGAGGCAAGACUCGGAGUUUUUGGGCUGAGCCUCCACUUUACUCCGGAGUCCGGGGCUUCCACUCGUUCCACUCGCACCCUGAGUCCAUACGAGCCUCCCAACCCCGGGGGAAUCUUUCGACCCUUCGACCGCUCUCAGCUCUGCUACGUGAAUGUGGCACGCGCUGGUAGAUAUGCUGCUUGGUAGAGGGCGGCCUGCGGCCCUGCGCCGUGAUGGCGGCAAUGGCGACGGCGGCGGCACGAAGCCGGAUGGCGGCGGCGGUGGCACAGGGCCUGGCGGCGGCAGCGGCGGCGCAGGGCCUGUCAGGCGGCAGCGGCAGCGGCAGCGGCAGCGGCAGCGGCAGCGGCAGCGGCAGCGGCAGCGGCAGCGGCAGCGGCAGCGGCAGCGGCAGCGGCAGCGGCAGCGGCAGCGGCAGCGGCAGCGGCAGCGGCAGCGGCGGCGGCGGCAGCAACCUUAGGCCCAGCAGUGUCGGCGUGCAUGUGCGUAGCGGAGGGGGCAGGCAAGGCCACGCCGAGGUGAGCGCGGCGCCACCCAAGGCCCGCGACCUUUUCACCCUCUCCUAGGCCCCACGCACGGAGCGGCCACCAUCCAGCGACGGGACUGCCUUCACCCUAUGCGUUUGUGGCCACUUGGGGUCGGUGGCGGGGUGUAUGGGGGCUAUCGGCCAUUCGGCCUCCCCUCGUCGACAGACACAGAUUGGAC